AUGAAACAGCUUUCGACAAAAGUGACAAGUAAUGGUCAUGGACAAGACUCGUCCUACUUUCUGGGAUGGGAAGAGUACGAGAAGAACCCUUACGACGAGAUCAAGAACCCUAAUGGGAUGAUCCAGAUGGGUCUCGCAGAAAAUCAGCUAUGUUUCGAUCUUAUCGAGUCAUGGUUAGCUAAGAACCCAGACGCAGCUAGCCUCAAGAGGAACGGUCAAUCCAUUUUCAGAGAGCUUGCUCUCUUCCAAGACUAUCACGGCAUGCCUGAAUUCAAAAAGGCGAUGGCUGAGUUUAUGGAGGAGAUUAGAGGAAACCGAGUCACGUUCGAUCCGAAAAAGAUUGUUUUAGCCGCUGGUUCGACCUCUGCGAACGAGACUCUCAUGUUUUGUCUCGCAGAGCCUGGCGAUGCUUUCCUUUUGCCUACUCCUUACUAUCCUGGAUUUGAUAGAGAUCUUAAGUGGAGAACCGGAGCUGAGAUUGUGCCAAUUCACUGCUCAAGCUCUAAUGGCUUCCAAAUCACGGAAUCAGCUCUGCAACAAGCUUAUCAACAAGCCCAAAAACUCGAUCUCAAAGUCAAAGGAGUCCUUGUCACGAAUCCAUCUAACCCACUUGGCACUGCGUUGACCAGACGUGAACUUAACCUUCUCGUUGACUUCAUCUCUUCCAAGAACAUUCAUCUCAUCAGCGACGAGAUCUACUCAGGCACCAUGUUCGGGUUUGAACAGUUCAUAAGCGUUAUGGAUGUCUUGAAAGACAAGAAACUCGAAAACACUGAGGUUUCGAAACGAGUACACGUCGUUUAUAGCCUUUCCAAAGAUCUGGGACUUCCUGGUUUCCGUGUAGGAGCGAUCUACUCCAACGACGAAAUGAUCGUUUCCGCAGCUACGAAAAUGUCGAGUUUCGGUCUUGUUUCUUCUCAGACACAAUACCUUCUCUCUGCAUUGCUCUCCGACAAAAAGUUCACAAGCACAUACCUCGAGGAGAACCAGAAACGGCUCAAGUCCAGACAGAAACGCCUAGUGUCUGGUCUCGAGUCCGCGGGGAUUACAAGCCUGAGAAGCAACGCGGGUUUGUUCUGUUGGGUCGACAUGAGGCACCUCUUGGACACAAACACAUUCGAAGCAGAGCUUGACCUCUGGAAAAAGAUUGUUUACAACGUGAAACUAAACAUCUCGCCCGGUUCUUCAUGUCACUGCACCGAACCGGGUUGGUUUAGGGUUUGUUUCGCUAAUAUGAGCGAGGAUACACUUGAUUUGGCCUUGAAGAGGCUCAAAAAUUUCGUAGAGUCCACAGAUUGUGGACGCAUGAUUUCAAGAAGCAGCCAUGAAAGGCUCAAGAGUUUGAGGAAGAAGACAGUCUCUAACUGGGUUUUCCGGGUUUCAUGGACCGACCGUGUACCUGAUGAACGAUGA